CGUCUUUCGAUGCGGACGCAUGGUCUUCGUUUUGCUUCUUUUCGAUGGUGGAUCCUAUCGGCUGCGUUCAGUAAUUUCGGUAUUAUCACGGAAUUGGGUUAUGAGAACGGCAUAUAUUCGAGGCAAAAAUUCUGAUCACACGAUCCUCUCGCCGAGUUGAGUCGUGCGCGUGCAAUAAAAGUAUCGAGAAAGGGCAAAAAAAAAACAGUGGCGAAUCGAGCCAAUAGACACCCCAUGGUCUGUUGUUGUGUGUUUUGGCGGCUAAGAGAACCAAGAUUUGCUCAUGGCUUUUGGCUGGUUGACUGCGAUGAAAAUAAAAUAAUAAAUUUUCUAAAAAGCACCUAUAAUUAGAAUACGACUAACUUUGCGAAAAACGAAUCAAUUACUGUGCCAGUCACUUUUGAAGAGUCACUCGAGAAGCUUCGACGAAUUCAGUGCGCGCGCGGGAGUUUUCUUGCGUUGUUAGGAUUUUUUUUGUUUCCCGUUGCGAAAUAUAUUCUCCGCAGAUAUAUUUACGAUCCUGGAUGUUGCCAAUUGCAGUUUCGAAGGAAAGUGAAGUGUAGAAGAUGAAUACACGAAAGCAUAUAUGUGAAAAAUGUGUCUGAAAUCAGUUUUUUGUUAUCGUUGUCCUCUUGCGAAACAAAGUGAACACUCGAUAUGUUAUUAAUUUCGGCCCCUCAAAUGUGGUCAAACAAAGCGUGAAUGUAUUAUGUGAGAUAGUAAACUGUGCGCAGAUAGCAAUUGAGUGAAUUAACGUGAGCGUAUAACUUGUGACGUCUCUGAUUUACUCAUCACAUUGCGUAAUUGUGAAAUUAAUUUGAGCGGAUAAAGUAAUCAGCCAGCAGAAUGUCUUGCUGUGGUUCGGCGGAACCCGUACGACCACCCAUCAAUCCGAGUUUCCAGAGUGAUAUUCUAAAGGGCCCCGAACAGAUUCACGUGUCAAAAUUCUACAAGGAAGCUAAGGACGGAAAAUACGUCAGCUGUUUGUCGGACGAUGCCCGAACUCUAUACCAGACCUUCCGGAAAGGUGUCAUUGAGUCGAACAAUGGCCCCUGUCUUGGCUGGCGAGAGAAUCUGAAUUCGGCAUAUCAGUGGAUGAAUUACAACGAGGCGCUGCUGCGAGCGAAGAAUUUUGGCUCUGGUCUUAUCGCACUUGGACUUCGUCCUGGAACGAGCACCUUCGUGGGUAUCUACUCACAAAACCGACCAGAAUGGAUUCUCUUCGAGCAGGGCUGCUACUGCUAUUCGCUGGUUGUUGUUCCUCUGUACGAUACGCUUGGGCCGGAUGCUUGUGCGUUCAUCAUCAAUCAAACCGAAAUCGCAUUGGUGGUAGUCGAGGAUGACAAAAAGGUUAAUCUGCUGCUCGAUAAGGCGCCAAAGGCCCUCCGCAAAUUGGUAGUUAUCCGGGAAGUCCGGCCGGCCACACUGCAGCGUGCCAAAAAUCAAGGCAUCGAUAUUCAUAUGUUCGACGAAGUGGAGAAGCUGGGCGCCCGCAGCGAUUUUCCCGAAGUUGAACCAAAGCCCUCCGAUCUCUGCACAGUCUGCUACACAUCCGGUACAACCGGUAACCCGAAGGGUGUGAUGCUGUCACACAUGAAUGUCGUAUCCGGAGUAGCCGGAGUGCUGCUACAGCUCGGUCACCACAAGCCUCGCGUAGGAGAUGUUAUGAUUUCUUUUUUACCACUUGCCCAUAUGUUGGAAAGGUGCUGCGAAAACGGUGUUUACUACAACGGUGGUGCAGUCGGAUUUUAUUCCGGUGAUAUCAAAGAACUCUCGAAUGAUAUGAAAGCGUUGAGACCAACCCUCAUGCCUGCUGUUCCCAGAUUGCUCAACCGAGUGUACGAUAAGAUCUACACGGAAGUGUCACGAUCGCCUGUCAAAAAGCUACUGCUCAGGAUGGCACUCAACGCGAAGGAAUCUGAAAUUAAGCGAGGAAUUGUACGGCGAACUAGCAUUUGGGAUAAGGUGGUAUUCCGGAAAAUCCAGGAAGGAUUUGGCGGUCGAUUGCGGCUGAUGGUGGUCGGUUCCGCGCCACUUUCGCCAACUGUACUCACAUUCUGUCGGGCGGCUCUUGGAUGUCUCAUUUGCGAGGGCUAUGGGCAAACGGAAUGCACGGCACCGAUUACGCUGACAGUACAGGGUGAUUUCGUUCCCGGCCAUGUCGGACCACCGGUUGCGUGUAAUGCGAUUAAGCUGGUAGAUGUUCCCGAGAUGGAGUACUAUGCGUCUCAGCAGCAAGGCGAGAUUUGCGUCAAAGGAUCGAACGUGUUUAUUGGUUACUACAAGGAUCCGGUCCGGACGGCCGAGACCAUUGACGAGGACGGAUGGCAUCACACCGGUGACAUCGGCCAGUGGCAAUCGAACGGAACGUUGAAGGUGAUCGAUCGGAAGAAACACAUCUUCAAGCUGAGUCAGGGCGAGUACAUCGUACCGGAAAAAAUUGAAAACGCCUACGUCCGAAGUCAGUAUGUUGAGCAGGUCUUCGUGCACGGUGAAAGUUUAAAGAGUUGCAUCGUUGCGAUUGUGGUACCUGACGUCGAGGUCAUCAAGCAUUGGGCCACGGAGAACAACAUUCCGGGAACGUUGAGCGUGCUCUGCAACAAUCCCGAUGUGAAGCAGCUGAUCAUGAACGAUAUGAUCGCCUGGGGCAAGGAGUUUGGACUCAGAUCAUUCGAACAGGUUAAGGACAUUUAUCUGCACCCGGAUCUGUUCUCGGUGCAGAAUGGACUUUUGACGCCCACCUUCAAGAGCCGUAGGCCCCAGAUAAAGAACUAUUUCGCCCCACAGUUGGACGAUAUGUACAAAAAUCUGGAUUGAAUGCGUCCCGUUUCAGUGUGUGUUUCGUAUGAAAUGUGGUUUUUAGUGCGUAUGAUGUGUGUCUGAGCACGAUAAUGUUUUUCACAGCGGUGCCGGAUCGCUUUCAAUUACUCGAUAAAUGACCUCAACAUCGGCCAGAGUUAUCUUCAACGAUACAAAAACAAACCUAAUGAGAAUGAGGCAUGCGACAUGUGUGCGCGUGUGUUUUAGGCACCAUUGAAAAAUGGGGAUACUUUUCGUAAAUAAAUAAGAAAUCAUCGUCAUUGUUGAUAAUCAUUUGAUUAUCAGUCAAAUCGGUGUGGGAUAAUGAAUAAGUAAAAAAAAGUGUCGCUAAGCGCCGUCUCUGUGCUUUACUGUUCACACCCCUCAGUUUCUCCAUCUAUUUUACAAAGUAGUGCUGCAUCACCACAAGCAAAUGUUAGAAUGGGGAAAUAGUCUAUCGCAAUUCAAACAUCAAAUGUUUCACUUUCUAUAAGUGUGUGUUGAUAACUGAACAGAUUCAACAAUUAACCAUCAAGAGUAAAUUGAAAGAACUGAAGGCGAUACCAAAAUUUACUUAGUUGUUACUUAAUAAAUUAUUGCUAAUCAAAUAGACGCAACCAUUUGCAAAACGUAGGUCAAAAUCAGCCCUAAAAAAUGGGAGAAAUGUACAGAAGUAGGAAAGCAAACCAUUAUUGAAAAAAAAUAUCAUCUACACUCAUACACUAGAACAAUUUUUGAGUCAAUUUCAGGAUCUUAUGAUGAUUUCUCCUGGAGUUAGGUCUAGAAAUUAGAUACUUAAAAUCUCCAUGCAGAGAAAACUUAAACCUGUUUACUUAAAGCUAACUACGAAUGAGUGCUGUCUUGGAAAUGCUUCUAAAAGUUCCAGUACCAACGGAAUUAUUCCUCACAAUCUUCUGUAAAGCUAUCAUGUAUAGAUAGAUUGUACUUCUUUAGCUACGCAAGCUAGUCAGGUGUUCCUCCAAAACGUUUGUUUGUAGUAUGUAUUCUCCAGUGAGUGAUUUUCUAUUUAAAAUAAGACAAACGACAAUAUCAUUAUAAUUGAGCAUUAAGUACCAAUUUUUAUUAGCGAACGUAUCACAUGCUAGUAAUCAAAAGGAAGUUUUCUACAAGUCACCAAUAUCCAAAGCUUAGAAACAGUUUUAAUCGGUAAUAUGAAGCUGAACGCAUUAUUCCAACUCUCUUCUUCUGCUACUAGUUUGAGAGGAAACCAUGUUGCAAUGCAUACCGGCUUGAGUUUUCGUAUGGAAAGGUGCUACUGUGAAGUGUCCUCACAGCCGGCAAAUGAGAAAGCCUUUACGGGAAGGCGAAUGUCGUAAUUCAAACUCAAUUAAACAGCUUUGCAAAUAUAUAUAGAAAAUACGAAUCGCUCUUCAAAUGACAAGUAAAUGCCAGAUCGAGCAAAAUAAAUGAAAACACAUACCGAACGCAUCACACAGAACAAAGGAUAGUGAGGAUAAAAUUUAAACACUACUAAAUAUCGAUACUGUUAAACAAAAUGAAGGACUUAGGAAAUGAAACACUACAAAGCAAAACAAUUUUUACUGGGCGCCUAUUUAAUCGUAGAAUAAUUGCAAUAUGUAGUUAGUUGAAAAAGUGAUGGUGAAAACGUA